CAUCAUCAACCACAAUGGCGAAGAAGAGAAAGGCCUCGGGCCGCCCUGCUGCGUCAGGUGAAGAGAAAGGUUGGGGUCAAUCCAAGGGUGGGAAGAUGGGGCCGAUUACCACCUACGAAGAUGUCGCCGAUUCUGAGGACGAAUUUCACAUCAAUCGUGACAAGGUGAUGCUGGAUGCUGGACCAGAUGCGAAGAGGAGGAAGAAAUGGCAAGAACAAGACGCCCUCCUCGAACCCUCCGACGAAGAAGUCUUAGGCUACUCCGAGAGCGAGGACGACGGGGACGAAGAACAAAACGAAGCGCCUCCCCGAAACCGUAAUGUUGCAGAAUCAUCCGAAGACGAGGUUGCCGAGGAAGAAGACGAAGAUGCUGAAGGAUGGGGAACGUCGAAGAAGGACUACUACAACAAUGAUCAAGUCGAGACGGAGGCAGAUGCUCUCGAAGAAGAGGCUGAGGCAAAGCGAUUGCAGCAGAAGAAACUACAAAAGAUGUCAGAGGCAGACUUUGGAUUCGAUGAGAGCGAUUGGCUCGACGCUGGGAACGACGAAGAAGGCGGUGAUGUGGUGACCGAGGUCCUAAAGGACGUUGAGAUUACACCAGAUAUGACACCAGAGGAACGAUUGAGAAUCCUGCAGACACGAUAUCCCGAGUUCGAAUUUCUCGCAAACGAAUUUCUACAAUUACAACCGGUUCUACAAGAUCUGCAAAAACAAGUUGAGACCGAGGCAAUGUCGAAGGCAUCAGGUCCUUCGCACACGGUUGUUAAAUGCAGAGCCCUGGUGGCUUAUAUGGCGGCUUUGACUAUGUACUUCGCUCUCCUCACAUCUCCCGCGAAGGGUGGGAAGACUGAAGGGCGUUCUCUUGAUCCUGCAGAACUACGAGAUCACGCGGUCAUGGAUAGUCUGCUUCAGUGCCGAGAACUGUGGUCCAAGGUCAAAUCAUUGAAAGCACCUGCGCCGGUCCAAAUCAAGUCAGAGGAUGGGUCUAUGGAAGAAAUUGAAACAACCGCGGCAAAUAGUUUCCCCAACGAAUCCAUCGAUGUGCCAGUGUUGAAGAAGAGCAAGAAAGAGCGGGCCCAAGCCAAAGCAGCCAAACAAGCUCAUGCUCUGCGGGAGAAACAGAUCGCGGAAGCUGAAGAAGAAUUGGCUGAUUUGUCAAGCUUGAUCCCCAAAUUGCGAAAGGCGCCCAGCGAGGCAAAAGUGGUCGCUGUUGCUGAGGAUGAUUCUGACUUCGGCGAAGAGGAGAGCAUGGAUGCCAAAUCGGCUGCCGAGAAAGCCCAAAAGAGGAAGAGUCUACGAUUCUACACUUCUCAGAUCGUGCAGAAGGCUAACAAGCGGGCUGGUGCUGGGAGGGACGCUGGUGGUGAUGCGGAUCUGCCUCACCGAGAACGAUUGCGCGACCGUCAGGCGAGACUAAAUGCAGAGGCUGAGAAUCGAGGGAAGAAGUUGGAUGAGUAUGGCCGAGGCGGGGCCGCUCUUGGUGGAGAUAGCGAUAACGGUGAAGACGGUGUUGCGGAGCAGAUGAGAGACGAAGGAGACGAAUACUACGAUAUGGUUGCCAAGACCUCAAAGAAGAAGAAACAAGACAAUACGGAGCGAAUUGAAGCAAUCAAGAAAGCCAAGGCUGAAGGAGCUAUGGUCCGCAUCGUCGAGGGUGAAGUUGACGAAGACGGCAAGCGUGCUAUUGGCUAUGUGAUUGAGAAGAACAAGGGCUUGGCACCCAAGCGGAAGAAGGACGUGAGAAAUCCCAGAGUGAAGAAGAGGAAGAAGUUUGAGGAGAAGAAAAAGAAGUUGGCUAGCACGAGGGCCGUGUACAAGGGCGGGGAGGAGAGGGGUGGGUAUGGAGGCGAGAAGACUGGUAUCAAGUCUGGUCUUGUCAAGAGUAUCAAGCUUUGAUGGAUGCAUGGACCUUGUAUGGUUUGAAUCGGAAUACAAUAAGCUUUUUGACGAUGGUCAUUUGCUUAGUGGAAACGACAUUGCGAAGUUCGACUCUGCUGCGUCUGAUCCCAGCAUAAAAUUUCGAACAGACCUGCGCCAAUUUGACUUCUGAUUUCCUUUGUCCUAUCUCUCCGCUUCAGUAUAUUGUGUUCCCUGGCAUAACAAGUUACAGACAUAUCUUUUCUACAUUUUUCCAUCCCACCUGUAAAAAGU